AUACUUUUUCAGUUUAUUUCUCUUUUACCAUUCCAAGGGCUCAAUGCAGAUGUAAUGGAGCUAAUAAAAUUGUACCAUCCUAUGGGUAGGCGGCACCUCUUUGGUGCUUUUCCCAUUUCUCCACUUCUAAUCAUCAAAAGAAUAAUAAUGUUUUUGCCCUGCUCUGGGUUUCUCCAUCCUCCUAUAGGUAUAGAUGGCCAGCGAAUGCAGGUUAAUUGAUGCUUUACAUAUCUGUUUUUGAUUUAUUAGCAGGUACAGGUGAGCAAGGAACUGGUCUCCAGAGGAUCUCUCUCUCUCUCUCUCCACAUUCCUUAAAGCAUUUCUGUUUUGCCAAACAAUCUUCAGUCUUGAAGCAUGCAUAAGCUUUAUGCAUCCUGUCUAUAGAGUCACUAAAUCUCUUAGCAUUUCUAUGAGGUUUAAGGUUUCCUAAGUAGAGCCUUUGAAAACAGCCGGAGCCCUUUGCCUCAGCUCUUCUUAUAUGUACUUCCUUGUGUUCUUUAAUUAAAAUCAUUAGUCACAGCCAACUAAAUUUUAAAAGAUUUCUGCAAUUUGGUUUAUAGGAAGUUUAUCUUUUAUUGUUAUAAGUAUUGAUCUAAAGUGCAAGUGGUAUUGCCUUGCAGGCACUUAUGGUCUCAUUGAUCACUUGAAGGGGAUUUUCAUUUUUGAAUUCCUGUAUUUCACAUAAAUUUCAUGAAUACAUGCAGCUGCAAUAAUGUGCUAGAAAUGAAUCCUUGUCCUGGGAGAUCAAACUGUGGGGCCUCCUAGAUGUAUUACUCUGAUUUGAGGGUUAUAGUCUCUUCACAUUGGGGAUAACUACAAAAUUGCCUUACGAUUCAAGGCCUGAAGAUUUUUCAAUACUCCAAUUAAUCUUGUAUAGUGCAGUUUCAUCUGAAGGAUGUUGUGAGCUUAGAAUUAGUUUCUGUACCAAAUACAACUAGUGUGGAUGGAGUGAGCAUUUUAGGUCACUACAUUGAAAAGUGAAAGGGCUCUUGGGAUCUUCUUGUGCAUUUGAGUGAUAGUAAUCUCACAUCACUGAGGUUACUAUCUUUCACAAUGUGAUGUUUAUUUAGAGUGGCUCGCCUUUUGAGGCUCUUACCAAAAAAAGAGAUCAUCAAGUUCUUGUUCCUUAUGGUGAUAGGUUUGUAUUUGAAGAAGUGUCUGGCGGCAUGGUUUGCGGAGACUUGCUUGAUGAAGAGGAGUAUUUCAUUGCAUAGUGGAAUUCUGAUGGUAGUACAGAAGAUAUAACUUGUCAGGAUUGGGAGAAUGAUGGUUGUUUCCUGGAUUUGAGACAUCUCCAUUGAAAUGCUAAAGUGAGAGAAAAAAUGUGAAAUAAGUUGCUGGAAUCCCUCAUAGAUGUUUGGAAAAAUGAUUUUGUCUCAGUUAUCUGAAACGUUAUUUGAUUGCGGCGGCAUUUUGGGACACGAUGUGUUUCUGAGGGGAUGUUAUUCUAUGUGCUCCUUUAGAUGUUCUCUUCGUUUAUAUGGCUGAUGUGAUGCCAUUUGUCCAUAACAAUAUGCUGUCAAGAUAGUACUUUGGUGCAUCUAGGUUGUUGCAGCCUUCACAUAAUUUUCCAAUCCAAAGCAAUUCAGUAGUAUUUCUAUAGCAAGCAGUAAAGGCUUUUCUUUUGAAGGGCGAAGUUUUACGUAUCUGUUUUUUUAACUUCGACAAAUUUGCUAAUCUGCUACUAGGGAUGAAGACGUGGUACAUUGCCUGUAGAAUCCCUUAUCUACAGAGAGAGAGUCACAAUUGGACUUUUGAGUAGUAGUUAUUUAGCAUAUAAAGACAGGAUCUGGAUGUUGGUUCUUCCUCUAUUCUGAAUCCAGAGCUUAAAUUAUCUUCUGGUCUAAGGGGUCAUGGGACAUAGACAAAUGUUCAACCCUUCUCAAUUCUUCGAGAUGGAGCAGGAUUGGAGCCAUGGCCACCCAGCUGCUGGACAGUCCUAUGUUCAUAUGGGAAGGGCUGUUUCUCAAGAAAAUGGUUCCUUUUCUCAUCCUAUCAAUCCUCCUUCAAUAGAUGGACCCAGCUGUGCCUCUCGGCGGAACCUGGAAAGCAGAGCUCUUGAGCAUUCCUCUACAUAUUUCAGGUCAGAAGGUCCACAAGUUCACGCUCCCCUUUCUGCCCCCCGACAUGACGUAUUCCCACACUGUCCAGCUGGUGGAAGUUUUUACCCUCCUCCAGAGCUCGAUGCUACCCAUGUUCAUUCUAAUCACCACAACAGGCAUGGUAUCCAUGAAGGUGAGGGUGGUCUACUUGAUCAUACAAUGAGUGCUGGAAGAGGGCCAUUCAAAAGAAAAAGCCCUGGUGUUCCUACCUCGUGGGAAAGAGGUGGCACCAGCAGUAUGUACAGUGCAGGAAGUUCCUCCAAUUCUUUUGAACUUCACCAUGAGAAACCAACUUCAGAUUAUAGAAAUUACUUUACAGAAUCCUCUGGUUUACCUCCCUAUAUGGGUAGCAGCCUGUCAAUUGGGGGUGAAGAUCCUCCAAGGAAUGUGAGAAGCAGAUCUAGACUUGAUUCGGAGCCCAACCCAAGAAGAACCCAUUCAUCAAGUUACACGUCCCAUCCUUUUUCUUCAACAUCUCAUCUCCGAAACCAUUCAGGGCCAGUGGAUGUUGCUAACUUGAAUGCUGACAGAACUGCUUAUGAGCAGAACCGAAUUGGUGUUCCACCUCCUGCACAUGGGAGGUUUCAUACUUCAGAAAAUAAUUCCUUGAGCCAUGAGAUGAAUCAGCAUUAUGCUGGAGGGAAUCCUACUGAUAUUCGUCGGUACAACCAUGAUUCCAUCUUAAGCAGAAAUCCCAUUGCACCACCACGACAUCUUCAUGGUUUUCAUGCCCAGGCUUCAAGGGAGGGUCAGAACAGUUAUUCUCGAAGAGCUAUACCUACACGUCGGGCUGAUACAAACUCCUCUCAUCUCAGACAAGAAGUUGCUGCUGUCGAAAAUGGUCAGCAUUUUCUUUCAGAAACCCAUAGUUCCAGAUAUUCAAGACCACUUUUGUCUGGAGGUUGGCACAGCAAUCAUAGAGAAGGAAGGUCAAGGAUAUCAAUUGAGAGAUUCCAGUCACUUUCAAAUGUGGUGGAUGUGCGUGAUAGAAUGGGAUCUGAGGCUCUUAUGAUGUUAGAUCACUCAUAUUUAUAUGGCUCCAGAAAUUUCUUUGAUCAAUACAGGGACAUGAGACUGGAUGUUGACAGCAUGAGUUAUGAGGAACUACUUGCUCUAGGAGAAAGGAUAGGGAAUGUCAACACAGGAUUGCCUGAAGAUGUGUUUUCAAAGUGCUUGGUGGAGACAAGAUGCCAUUCUUCAGACAAAGCCCAGGAAGAAACAUCCUGUGCUAUCUGCCUUGAAGAGUACAAGAGCAUGGAUAAAGUUGGAAUGAUAAAGAACUGUGGACAUGUUUAUCACGUUGACUGCAUCAAGAAGUGGUUGUCAAUGAAGAAUAUGUGCCCCAUCUGCAAAGCACCUGCUGUUGCUGAUGGUUCGAUCAAGGAAUGAUUUGCUUUUACUUCCUAUUUGAUCUUGUUCACUUGAUCUUGUAUAUAAUAAUUUGCAGACGGGAUUUGAUGACCAUUUAUAAAAAUUUAAUUUAAGCUCA